AUGGCACUGAUCAAGGGACAGAUUUGCCAAGUUUUCUUCUUUCUCUGUAUUUCCAUAUGUUUUGAAGAUAAUUCACGUGCACUUGCUGAGGAUAUUGGGUCAAGCCGUCUUGAACGCCUCAAUAACGCACUUUUUGUUAGGUACGGGGAUAGUAAUAAAAAAGGGGAUCCUUCUGCAGCCAUAGCUCUAUUUGAAAAGUUAAUAGAAGAGGAAAAUGAUGAAAUAACUACUCAUUCAUUGUUUGAAUUGGGGAAAAUUUAUUUUUUCGGAUUUGACGGUUAUUUUUGGAAAAACUACGACAUAAAAAAGGCAUUGGAAUAUUUGGAAACUUCAUCUAAUAGAAACCACCCAGGGGCUUUGUUUAUGAUGAGUUUUUUGUAUUCCGUAGGAAUUAAAGAUGGUCCACCUAUAAACAAUGACAAAGCUAUGAAAUGUUUGAUUAGAUCUUCAAAGAUGGAUUUUGUACCCUCAAUGUUGGCUUUGGCAUUCAGAUUUUUAUAUGGAAUUGAUGUUGAAGUGGAUUUAAAUGCGGCAAUAAAAUUGUACAAGAGAAUAUUUCAUUUGAAUUCUAAGAAAGGUAACACUCCAUUAUUUAUAACCCCGUUGGAAGAAUUAAAGAUAACAGAGGAGUCAUUAUCUUAUUUUAGAAAUAAUGAGAAAAGUGGAAAUACGAAUGAUGUUAAAUAUAGGAAAGAUGCUAUGCAUUAUUGGGAAAAUCGUGCUAAUGACGGGGAUCCAUUGGCAAAUUAUGAACUGGCUAAAUUGCAUGAGUCAGAUAAUGGUGAUAACAAAAAAGUUGCAGAACUAUACAAAAAAGCUGGUGAUAGAAAUAUGGCACCUGCUUUACGUGAUUUGGCACUUUGUUAUUUGCAAAGAAAAGGUCUACCAAAAAAUUCCGAAAAGGCGAUUGAACUACUAAAAAAGGCGGUUUCACUAGGUGACUAUGAAUCAGCAAAUUAUUUGGGGCACAUAUAUUAUAAUGGUGAUUUUUAUGUUGAUGAAGGCAAACCUAUAUACGCAGAUAAGAAGUUGGCAUUAAAGUAUUUUGUUAUUGCAGCAUCUCAUGAAAUCCCAGAAGCAAUGUAUUUUUUGGCUGAAAUUAUAGUUGACAACUCAAGGUCUUAUAAGGGAUCGAAAUACGAUAGUGAACUAUCUUGUGCUUAUCAUUUAUACAAAAGUUCGGCUGACCAUGGAUUCUUACAUGCUUACUGGCGCGAGGCUAUAAUGAUUGAAAACGGAAUUGGAACUUCAAAAAAUCUUCUUCUAUCAGCAUUAAAUUACAAGAUUGUUGCAGAAUCACAUUAUGCACGAUCUAAUAUUGUUGAUUCUAUUGAAAAGUAUCUGAAUAAAGAUGUUCAUUCGUGUAUACUAAUAAAUGCAAUUGCUUCUUACGCAGGAAUUCAGGUUGCACAGUGGAAUGUGGGAGCACUGUGUCUAAAAUCAAAAUGCAGUAUAUUCAAGGAUAGGAUGAUAUCCAAGUCUUAUCUAAGUAAUGCACUUUUACAAGGUGAUACUAGUGUUCUUUACGACUUAGGAACGCUUUCUAUAAGCGAAGGAAAAAUCCGAACCGCCAAAGACCUGUUUCGCAGAGGUUUUAAUAGUGGUGACAUGAAAUGUCUACAGCCACUUGUGAGAAUGUUCUCAAUAGAUAAAAAAAGCAUAAACAAAGCCAUAAACCUGUUGGAAUAUAAAAAAUAUCGCAACAGUAUCGCAAAACCAGACUCCGGUUUUCGCCUAAGUUUCUCGAGAACACUCGAGAACCUGAGAACAAAUAGAGAUUUAUUCAGUUUAAAAGGAAAACGCUUCCUUUACAAUUUAAUUUACUAG